GCGCUUUGCGGAACUUGGUGGCCUGGGUUCCUCUGGAAGAGAGGCUUUUAAGACUGCCAGUUCAUUGAGGAAGGCAGCUUCUAGUCACAAGCUCCCCUCCCUAAAGUAAAAGGAUCCCUCCAAACUGAGAUCCGGAAGGGAAAGGAUUGGGGUUACGGGCUGCCGCAAGGUCCAAGCCACGCGUUAGGCUGUCACAGUAGGUCCAGAGUUCUUGCUCAGGUGACUCGAGCCCGCGGCAACCUCUCAAGACUGUCAGCUUUAGGUGUGGCCUGUGCGGUGUGCGAAAAUGAGAAUUCAGAAAAUGGGGAAAUGGAGGCGAGAGUGAAAAGACGGAGACAGAAGCACGUGGGGAAAAGGGGAAGCGUACUGGACUGGGGAUUGGAGGCCCGGUUCCUGGGGUCCGCUGAGGCUCCGGUCACCCUCUCUGAGGGACCUGGACACCAGAGCGUCCCAACGGUUCCUUGCAGAUGAUGAGUCCUAAAUUUUUUGAAGAUGCCUUAGGGCCACGUGAGCUGCCCCAGAGGACUCAUUCUUGGUACCCAGAAGUCACCAAGAAACUCACACGUGCUCGGCAGGCUCCUGUUUGGUCUCCGGCUCCCGCUGACAUCCCUGGGAAUCCGGAUCUCCGGCCACCCCACCUGGCACCCUCCUUGGCAGCCCGCCCGAGCCAUGGAGGCCCCAGAGGUCCCCGUGGGCUCGCUCAUUGACUUCGAGACCGAGCCAUCCACCUCCUCACCCGUGGAGGCACUGCCACCAAAGCUGCAGGAUGGGGACAGCUCCCAGGGUGAUGGCGCGUCAGAGAGUGAGACCACGGAGUCAGCAGACAGCGAGAACGACAUGGGCGAGUCGCCUUCACACCCGUCCUGGGACCAGUACCACCGCUCCUCCUCCAACGAGUCCUUCUCUUCCAACCAGAGCACGGAGUCAGCCAAGGACGAGGAGGCCCUAGAGCUCAGGGAGUUCAUGCGCAGCUACGUGGAGAAGAUCUUCUCUGGAGGGGAAGAGUUGGACCAAGAGGAGAAAGCCAAGUUUGGGGAGUACUGCAGCAGUGAGAAUGGAAAAGGCCGGGAGUGGUUCGCUCGAUUCGUGAGCGCCCAGCGUUGCAACUCCAAGUGUGUCUCAGAGGCGACCUUCUACCGCUUGGUGCAGUCUUUUGCAGUGGUCCUGUUCGAGUGUCAUCAGAUGGAUGACUUUGGACCUGCCAAAAACCUCAUGACCAUGUGCUUCACUUACUACCAUAUCGGUAAACCGCACCUGCUUCCCUCCGAAUCCAAGGAGAAGCCUGCAGGGAGCAUCGACUCCUACUUGAAGUCCGCCAACAGCUGGCUAGCGGAGAAGAAGGACGUUGCCGAGCGGCUGCUGAAGAACACGGAGAGUGUCAAGGGCUUCUUCGGGGGGCUGGAGACCAAGCUGAAGGGACCCCUGGUCAGGAAAAAUGACGAGGAUGAGAGCAAGCCCAAGGACAAGCCACAGAAGACGGUGACUGUGUGCAGCCCGGAGGAGGAGAAGAAGGGGGAGAAGAUCUACCUGUACACGCACCUGAAGCAGCAGCCCAUCUGGCACACGCUGAGGUUCUGGAACGCGGCCUUUUUCGAUGCUGUCCAUUGUGAGAGGAGAAAGCGGUCCCCCACGACCAGAGGGGAUGCUGGAGAGGAGGAGAAGAAGAGGGAGAAGUGGUGCCACAUGACCCAAGAGGAGCGUGACGACAGCCUACGGUUCAACGAGAACAUCACGUUCGGGCAGCUAGGCACGUUCACUCAUAACAUGCUGGCCUUCGGGCUGAACAAGAAGCUGUGCAAUGACUUCCUGAAGAAGCAGGCUGUGAUCGGCAACCUGGACGAAGAGCAAUACAAGCUGCUGAGUGACCACAUCGAGCAGAUGGCCACUGAGUAGGCCACAGGAGGUCGCCCAAGGCAUUCCUCAGGAGCACUGAGGGUCCACACCGCUCUCCUGGGCCAGCGACUGGCUGUCACCCUACCCGAUGACCCUGCAUGACAUCGGCAGCACCCAGAGCCGCUCCACGCUGCCCCAGAACUAGCGGUUAGAAGACUCCAGUUGCCUGUCCUCCCCACCUUCCUUCUGCCUGUGUCUACUCCCCCAUUCACGUGCCAAAGUGUUCCUGGGAUUAGGUGGCAAAAACCAAGUGACCAUCCACAGUCCCAAGUGUCAGUAACUGAAGAGGAAGGAGGCCGGGGCGGGCAUGGGGCAGUGUCUGCCCGUAGCCUCCUGCAGGGGAGAGAGGGCGAGGUGCAUGUGGGAAUGUUGAUAAGGGCAGCCAUGGGCCAGCAUACACCAGUGACACAGGACAUCUGGAUGACGAUCUGGGACCUUCGCUUCAGGCUUGGGACAGGACGGACUCCCCCAGUCAGGGCUCCUGCUGGGCAGAGGGGCAGUGGGCCCUCUGAGGGUUGUUGGUCCAUGACUGGUACUGGCUUUUUCCCGGCUCCCUGCUCCAUGUGACAGAACUAGAGUCACAGGAACCUCCAGGAAAAGAGAGGCGCCUCCUGAUUGAGGGAGGGAGAGGGCCUGGCCGCAGUCAGCAGUGUGGCGCACCCUGGAGACAUCGCUGUUGCAGAGCGCUGAGCUGGCCGCCCACGCCGGCUGGGAUGCUCGGGGCAGCCUGCGGCUUCGCUGGCUGCCGCAGAGGAAGUCCCGCCUCUCACUCCCUGGGAGGAACAUCAGCUCUCUGUCCCAGGAACAGCACAGGAAAGAGGUUUCUUCAGUAGCUGCAAGACAACCGCCCUUCCUAAAAGCAAACAGUGCUGCUCUUUAUUUCAGAAAAGACAGACAAAUCUGUGUCUGCUUUCCAGACAGCUGGGCACAGGCGGCUCCUGGUGGCGGCUGUGCGAGGCCCUGUAGUGGUGACUUUGGGGUGUGGGGCCCUCCACCCCAUGGCAGCCUCAGAGAGGCGCCCUCAUCUUCUGCAGCCCAGGCCCUUCGGAGCGCUUUCCUGCAGACUCUGCCGAUACCCUCCCAUCUCACUCCCAGUGCCUGGGAAGCACGGCCCCGCUCCCUCAGUUCAUAUCAGGCACAGCAGAGCAGCCCAAGGAAGCACGUCUGACCUGCAAGCAUUCAGCAUGCUGGCUCCGCCAGUGUAAAUAUUUCAGCCUGGUUCCCUCUGCCUCCUGCCUGUCACUCUGGGGCAACGACCUUGAAAUAGGCUCAUGGGGCCUAUCCUCCUGUCCUCUUUUCCCUACUACCUCCUCCAACUCGAAAUCGCAUUACAUUCCUGUCUCCUUGAGCACAGCAAAUACAUGCCUGUAGUCACUUAACCUGCCAGUGCUCAAAAAGGCUCCCUGGUGGAAUGCCUCCCUGGAAUGUUCCAGGGAAGAACAGGUGUUGGCUGAGCCAUUGAACGCACGUCUGGAUAAUCAUAAGAGAAGCGCCGUGAAACAUGGUGCAGCCUGAGUGCGUGGUACAAAACAUCACCAGCCCGAAGAGCUGGGGAGCGGGGCUUCAGAAACCUGGCUAAUUUUUGAUGACUCUGUGUGUGUGCGUGUGUGUGUGUGUGUGUGUGUGUGUGUGUGUGAUCAGCCUCUCUGGAGAUGUCACUAAACAAAGCCCAGCUGUGCUGCCAUGUGCAGGGACAGGUCAUGCAGGCUGGGGCGUUCCGCGCCCCCAGCCCCCUGGGUGGGCCCCAGUGAUGGUGCAUGUCUGUACUGAGUGCAUUUCCGAGAAAUAAUAUCAAAUUGAUAGGUGUGGGGGCCCCUCCCCCUCCAGUACCUCCCUCAGGCGAUGCAUCCCCUAAAACGUUCAACCGUGACCCCUGGACGUGCUGCUGUGCUCCCUGCCCCGCCUCUUCUGUAAAAUCAGGGCCACACAAAGUGGUUUGUCCGAGGCCCCCGCAGCACUGCAUGGGGGCCCUCCUUUUAGCUUGCCCUCGUUGGCUUUAUUAGUCAUUCCUUAGUAGUUAGUGGAAAUGUGUUAAGACUUUAAGGUGCCCAAAAGACAUCCUUGUACGUAUAAGAUGUCUGUGUAGAAGUUUUGAUUCGGUCUGAUAUCGGGAGGAAGAAGAGUGGAUUUGAGACUCUCCAGGGGUGCUGGUGGGCAGGGGCGGGAGCGCACAGCCCCUGGAAGGAAAUGCAGCCUUGACCUCCUUGGGCUUUUCCAAGCACUUUACCUUCACAAGUGAUCUGGAAGCUUUUUUCUCUUUAUCAAUAGGACUCUUGAAAUAGCAGCUGAAGGAGGAAGAAAGGGUUGCUUUGGUCCCACCCGCCCCCGCCCCCAACGCCUUGUCCUCAUAGAUCCAGCUCCUCAGAGUGGAGUGAGUCUGACCCAGAGGUGCUGCCUAUCACGCUUAGCCCCACAGGGGGCACUGACAAGAGACCGUGGGCCCACCUUGGUGUGACCAGUGCCAAGGGGGAUCACAGGCUGCUCCAUCUCCUGUUGGCAGCUCCUGUGGCCGAGCAUGUCACCUCCAAAUGCCUCUGGCCAGUGUCACCUGGAGGAGCAGAGUCGGGCAGCUUGCCUCGCUGGUGUUUGCUCCGCCCUCCCUGUGACAUGGCCUCUUCGCUCCGGGGCCUGGCCAGUGCAGACGUGAGGGGCUCUGGUGGCGAGCAGAUGCAGGGCACACUCUCAGAGGUCCCGGCGUGAGGCGCUGUCUUACUCCAGUGCGUACACAGGACACUUUGGUCAAAGAGAGCUCUGCCAGCCCGUCCUAUCAGCUCAGGAGCCUUAGAUGGGGUAAAGGAAGCUUUGGGUCUCAUCCAAGAAGAGUGGCCCAGUCCCAGCAGUGGGAUAUCCCAAGCUGGGAGCUUUGAGGGCCUGUCAUGAGCAGUGGCACCUCAGGUUGUCUGCCGUCUGCCCCUCAGGGUCCAGCUCAGCUAUCUCACCUGCCUCAAAAAGACAGUUCUCCCAAGUAAAAGGUUCCCUGCGUAGAAAACAGGAUGAUGCUGAAAUGCAGCCCUGCAUGUGUUUAACCUUUGUUAUAGCUGUAGCAGUGUUGAUGGAGUGGGGCCAUGUUAGUAUUCAGAUCGCAUCUGCUUCUAUGUGCACGUGUGUGUUUAACCAAAGGGAGGAGAGCCUGAUUCUGAUAUUGUAAGUUAUUUGUACAGUGAAACGGAGUCGACUAUUACCUUCCUAUUGCCAAAAGAAAAAAAAAGUGGGCCAAGGGACUCUCAGAUUACUAGAAGGAGUAGAGAAGGAGUCCACUUCCUGAGUUCUGUACCCAAAUGGAAGCCUAGGGUGUUCGGGUUAACCCAGCAAGCCCACAUGGCCUUAGGGCAGAGGCCAGGGCAUGUGGAUCCUGUUCUGACCUCCCCAUGCCCAUCGUGGCGAGAAGGCAACAGCCUAAGGUUUGCUCUCCCACAGACCACUGUAUGUGGUUACUUUAUCACCAGGGCCCCUGACGCUCCAGCCCCCUAAGGUGAGAAGUACAGCGUCCACUCCACAAAGGAGUUUGCCAUAGGUUUUGUCUAACCCAGGUGCCCGUGACCGGGAGUCAAGGCCACCAGCUGCAAGCCUGGCCCUCCUGGGCGUUAUUGUACCCUAACCUUUUUAAUUAGGGAGGACCCGGAUAGAGCCAUGGUUAGGUCAGCGUGGUUACCAAAUUACCCAGAACUUAAGACAACUAUGCAGCAGGGGACUGAGUCCUUUGCCCGGAACUGUGGGAGCUUGGGAAGCAGGGGGAGAAGGCAGGAGGGCUCGAGGCCCAGCCCCUGGCUCAGGAGGUGGGUCCAGUGAACCCCUCACGCCACACCCCGCCUGGCGGUCCCAGGCUGCUCUCUUUUUCUCAUCUUCCUCAACUGCAGAUGAAACUGCUGAGUGGCGGCCCCUAUAGACCCUCAGCUCCAGGGAUGAUUUUCUCACUUCCUCCCAUGCCCGCCCC